AUGGGUCUCUUGGAUAAGCUCGCCAGCAAGGUGGGCAAUGCGGGCGGCGGUCGACCCGGCUCGCAGCAGUACGGCGGUGGCGGCGGCUAUGGUGGCGGCGGUGGAGGCUACGGACAGCAACCACAGUACCACCAGCAAAACUCGUACGGCGGUCAUCAACCUGGUUACGGUGCCUCUCCUCAACCGCCCGCAGCCACCAGCGAAAAGCCCAAGGAGGAUGACCGACCACUACCUGAUGGCUGGGUCAAACAGUGGGACAGUAACUACAGCCGUUACUUCUACGUCGACACCAAAGCUACUCCGCCGCGUUCCAUCUGGGUGCAUCCUUCGGACGAAACCAAGGGCGCAUCCGGUACACCUUCCACCGGCAGCUACGCGCCCCCCUCGGGCCCGCCGCAAGAUAACCGCGCCUGGAACCAGCAGCCACAACAGCACUUCCAGCAGCCCUAUCCUCAACAAGGCUACGGAGGAUACCCACAACAAGGCUACGGCGGCUACCCGCAACAACCCAUGUACGGCCAGCAACCCAUGAUGGCGCAGCAGCGCAUGGGCGGCGGCCGCUUCGGCGGAGGCGGCGGCGGCGGCAUGGGCAUGAUGGGCGGCGCAGCUCUCGGUAUGGGCGCCGGUAUGCUCGGUGGUGCCAUGAUUGCCAACAGCAUGAACGACUCCUACCAGGACGGUUACCAGGAUGGGCAGCAGGACGACUUUGGUGGUGGAGACGACUUUGGCGGUGGAGAGUAA